AUGUCUGCCAGCAAUGCUCGUAUCAUUCAAUACAUACUGAACGUGGAAAGCUGUACACAGACCAAGCUUGUAAUUUCGACCUUUGAAGCAGCCGACAACGGGCUUGUGUACAUCCAGGGCCAGGGAGACGCCUGCAAGCAUGUGACGUCAUCAGGAAUUGCGUUCUACGAAUUCGACUUCGAGGAGUGUGGAAUAAAAUGGGAAAUGUUGUUCCGAAUCGUGGUUCAGAAAAGCAGAGGAUACCAGACCGGAGCCGAUAAAGUUAUCCCCAUUUUCUGCGUCGCCGAUACAAGUGACCUUCUGGUUUCCAAUAGCAACAAAGCAGACAAGCAGGAUGAUAGCAGCGUCAAUAUGACUGUUAAACCUUCGGCAGCCUUGAAGUUCUACAAGGUUGUAUCGGAUGAAGAAGUCAGUGGGACGGAGGUCAAACUUUCGGAUGUCCUUAUUAUGACGUUGCAGCUUGGUGACGAGUGGACAGGAGACUUUGAUAUCAAGGCCAGAUAUUGCAUUGCAUCUGAGAUUGUCAUCAUCGACGAAUUUUGCGCCACUGACACGGACCUGUUUCCGAACUUCUCACGUUUCAAGCGCGGUUAUCUCAUGAGCGAGUUCGGGGCCUUCCGGUCCACCAACUUAGAGGGAGGAGCGAUUGAGAUGAACUUUACAUGUGUGCUGCAAGUCUGUAAAGGCGACUGUGAAGAGGUAAUCCAACUCACGAACAUUUAA